CGACCUCACUAAUUCACAUCGUUCACACACAACCUAGUACGCACGCGCUCGCGCUGCGGGGUCGCUAGAGCCUAGAGGGAGGCCGGUCGAGCAGCUAGCUAGGGGCCGGUGGCAUCAGUUGCCAUCAUGCAACCAUGGGGCGGUGCCGCUCGCCGCGUCCUGGCCACGCCGGCGCCCCCGCCGAUGCCGGCAUCGGCAUCCGCUCCGCCCUCGAUGGACGCGCAGCGGGCGCACCUGGAGAGGGUGGUGGGCGUGACCACGACCGUGCUCUUCGUCGCCAGCGUCUCCUACGUCGCCUUCAGCGCGCUCUACGGCUGCAUCCAAGCCGGCCGCAACAGGCGCGUCGUCGUUGCCGAUGCCGACCCGGGAGCGGCGGCGCGGCCGGGGGAGGAGGAGGAGGAGGAGGAGACCAAGCGCGCGCUCGAGGGCCUCCCCGUGCAGGUGGUCGUCGUGCGCGACGGCGGCGGCGGCAGUGACCGGAAGGGAGCAGCAGAUCAAGCGGUUACGGAGGAGGUGGACGGCGGCGAGUGCCCGGUGUGCCUGGCGGAGUACGAGGGCGGGGAAGAGGUGCGCGUGCUCCCGGCGUGCCGGCACAGGUUCCACAGGGAGUGCGUCGACCGGUGGCUGCUCACGCGCGCGCCCACCUGCCCCGUCUGCCGCGCCCCGGUCCCGCGCGUCAAGGAAGGCUGCGCGAUUCGGCACGCCGACGCUGCCGGCAUCGGAGCAGCAGGCGCGCUUCCUCCGGCGAUGGCGAUGGCGCCGUGAGCGUGGUGCACGCAAGGGCGGUGUUAAUUCUGCAGUCUCUGCUGUAGCCCGUGGGAGUAAACCAAUUAGUAGAUCAAUUUUGAUGUGUUGAACAUUUGACGAUCCUAGUUACUAGUUGUUAAUAAGGAAAUUACUAAUGAUAGACCAGAUAAUCAGAGAUACUACUUAAAAUUCAGAUUCUACCGGAUUUGCUACUGCGCAUUUGCUUGGAGCAGUUUGCAGUUUGAA